CACUGUCAUACCGCCGUGACGUCAUUCCAGGCAGUGAUGGCGGAGGUUGAUGAGACCGACGUGAUGAUGAACUUCCACGGGGAUUUCUUAAAAAGCGACAGAAAAACCAGUCGCUACCCUUACUGCAUUGUUUGGACACCUAUUCCUAUUCUAUCGUGGUUGCUCCCAUUCAUCGGCCACAUGGGUAUAUGCACCUCUGCUGGGAUCAUAAGAGAUUUUGCAGGAUCAUAUUUUGUGUCGGAGGACAACAUGGGUUUUGGGAGACCAACAAAGUAUUGGAAGCUCGAUGUGGACAAAGUGUGUGGCAAUGGUGCUGCUACAUGGGACAAAGCAGUGUUUGACGCUUCUGAGGAGUACAAGUGUCGACCACACAAUCUAUGCUUAGAUAACUGCCAUUCCCACGUCGCCAUGGCCCUCAACCUCAUGCGCUACGACAACAGCACGUCAUGGAACAUGGUGAACCUGUGUAUGCGGUCUCUUAUUCACGGAAAACAUGUGAGCUGGGCAGCGUUCCUCAAAACCUGGUUCCCCUUCUUCAUGCUCUGCGGGGUCCUCGCCACUUUCAUCCUCACGUUAAACCUGCAGUAGUGAAGGCAGCAGCUCAGCCGGAUAACUUCACAGACUUUACACUCUGUUGUAAGCUGUUGACAUGAUUGAUGUGUUUACAUUGGACUUCUGUUUAUACAAAAAUUCCAUCUGAAAGUCUUCUUUGUCUCUUGGUUAUCUAGUAUCUUGGAGGGUAUUUAAGGACAGAGUCAGGCUGUAUGUGAGUAGUUUUAGUAUCAGUUAUUUAUAUUUUAAUGUUUCUUUGUCUGUAAUAAGUAUUUAUGAGUUUGUGAGAUGCAAAAAAUAUCUACCAAUCAGCUGCAUUCUGUAUUAACUUGUAAAAAAGGAGUUUAUGAAGGGAGAUGAUAAUCUCCAGAAUUGCACCACAGCCGAGCCGCACGGUGGAAUCCAGAGAUGUGUUUCUCAAGAAUGGCAGUGACAAACGUGUUUCCACCUCGGCUUAUGCACAUUUCAGUGAUGUAUUGCUUCAAAUUGGCUUACUAAAUCAAGACGCUGAAAGUCUUCAUCAGUUACUUGUCUCAGAGAUAUGAGCAUCUACCAAAGAUAGAAUGACGUAGGACCCACAUGUGAUGAAUAAUGGUUUUGUGCUGUAAGAAAUCCUCUCUCCAUUAAUGUAUAAAAA